UUUUGGAGGGUGAAAUUGAGUGUAGUGUUCUUCAGCUCACCCAAACAACAUGGCCUCACUCUCAGCCUUUUGGCGGCGUGGUCUCCGCCCCAUCUUGUCCACGCCCCCAUUGGUUCGAGUGGCCUCACCCAUUGAGACGCGACUCGCUCUCCAUCAAAUUAAGAGUGUUCUAUUUCCCAUGGGACCCCGGGCGUUUUCCUCGGGCGACUUGAAGCCCGUGGAGGCCGUGGAGCCCGUGGAUCCCGCUGAUCCAACGGGUGAGAAGGCCAUCUAUCACGGUAUUUUAGCCACACAAAUCAAGUUGGUGAAAGGGUUCUCGUUGACCACCAGUGCCAUCGGUUUGUCGUGCCAACCCGUGUUAUACCAUCAUCUUCAGACGACGAGUGGGGCGUCUUUGGGCGUGGUCUUGGUCACGGGUGCGUUCUUAUCAUUCUUCACGUUUGCCACACCGCUUCUCAUCCAUUUUGUGAGCAAGAAAUAUGUGACGGAAUUGCGAUACAAUCAAUUGGAAGAUACCUAUACGGCCAUUACCUACAGUGUUCUGCUCAAGAAGAAAGAGAUCAAAUUCCGAUUGAAGGAUGUUCAAGUUCCUGAUAUUCCUGGGAUGUUCACAACGUUCAAGGCCAGAAAUAUACCACUUUUUGUCGAUGGUACGCAAUUCUACGUUCCCCAGCAUUACGGCAAGAUCAUGGGAUACGAUAAACCGUUGAAUCUGAGAUGGGAUCCUCCCACUGAAACCCAAGGAAAAUCAGACUCUUCGAAACCAAAUCAGUCAUAGACCAAAGUAAAAUAAAUUCGACUUCAAUCA